AUGGCCACCCCAGAGGUCCAAGCCAAGAAGCAACGCAAGCGCAGCGACUAUGGGUUCCACCAAGUACACCAGACCCGAUGGUUCGACAAUGAUAUGUACGCGCACCUCAACAACGCAGUGUACACACACCUCUUCGACACAAUCGCAAACACGUACCUAAUUCAGCACUGCGGCAUGGAUCCCUUCAGCGUGAACAACCCAACCCCAGCACCGACUGACGGCCAGCCCUCCAAUUUAUCCUCUCCAGCGAACCUAGCAGUUGGCGCCGACCAAAUAGGUCUAAUUGUAUCGACGCACGCUGAUUUCUUCGCCUCAGUGCGCUUCCCGGAUCUGCUUGAGGUCGGGCUACGUGUUAAUAGGCUCAGCAAGUCUAGCGUUACCUGGGAAGUGGGUAUUUUCCGCAAGGGAGAGGAGGAUGUUAAGAUGGUUGGGACUUAUACCCACGUGUUUGUAUUGAGGGAGACUAUGCGGGUUGGAAAGAUGGGGAUGGAGGAGCGGACUAGAAAGGGCUUGGAGAAGUUGCUUGUUAGGGCCGAGGCGAAAUUGUGA